UCCAACGGACAUGCGCGCUCUGCUCCAGGCAGUGCCGUAAGAGUUGAGGGGGAUAAAACGGUUUUUCAUUUAUAUAUCGUUAAAUAAUCGUUCUACCGACGAUUUUCUACUAGAUGCCAUUGAUGUAUAGGAUGAACUAAAGAUUGAUUUAUAACUAAAUUUUCUAGAUCCGGUUUUUAUAAUUAUAUAGCCUGAAUGAGUCUUGGCUGCUAGGCCUACCACCUAAAACUCAUUUUAAUUAUUUUAAACGAGUAAUUGUGGACGAACUAACGAACGAAUGACUGCUACAAAAGUUGCUUUAUUUUCGACGAACUAUCUAAUGAUAUAAUUUAUUUAUCAAUUUUCUAAAUAAAGCUGAUGUGUUUUAAUUAUUUAGAUUUCUAAUCUCUGACUUUACUAUUUUAAAAAACAAUUUAGGACGCAACUAGAAGCAUAAUAUGGUCUGUGGCGAAUAAUUUGAUUACUCACAUGUGUCUAAUAUUUAAUUUAUUAUUAUUUUAUUGAAAAAUAAAUAAUUACUAAUAAAUUUUCAAAAAUAAUUUUUAUAUAGGAAGCAAUUUCAUUUUCUUAGAGAGCAUUUAAGGAGUAAUUUCUAGAUGUACUGCAAAUUAAUAUUUAUUAUAAGUGCUUGCUAACUAUUUUAUCUGUAUGGUAUAGCCAGUGCCAAUGAAUAGUACAAAAAUAAAAACAGGCAUUGCCAGUCUUGCAAUGGGUAUGAUAAUAAUAAAAAUCGGAUGUUAAAAUUUUAGAAAUUAAGAAUAUCUUAUAAUAAACUUGAAUUGUUUAUAAUUCUUUGGAAAUAAUUUAUUGGACAAGUCAUUUUCUUAAUUGAAUUGUAUACAUUCUUAAUCAUUUUGUUAUAUUAUUGUAUUUAUUUAGUUUGACUUGAGCUUCAUAAAGCUGUUUGUAAUUAAUUGUUGCUAUUAUUCCAUUGCAUAAAUUAUUAUACGUUUUUCAAGUAAAUUUUAUCACGUCUAAGCUAAAUAUAUCAUGGUGUCUGUGAUGCAAGCUUUCAUGUUUAAUCUACAGGAUAUUGAAAGUUCACGAAGUUAUAUAGAUGAGCUAUAUGCAACAGAUCAUCAGAAAUGUUUAGAUGCAAUUAUAUGUUUGAAAAAUUCUGUGAUUGGGAGCAAUCGUCAAAAAGGUUCAGUCAUUGCUCAAGGUGUUGUCCCCAGGCUUUUACAACUUUUAUGUGAUUCUGAUCAUGUUACAAAUGAUAACAUUCGUUUAGAAGCUGCAGUUACUCUAGGAUCAUUAGCAAAAGGAACUGAUCAACAUGUUUUAGCCUUAAUUGAUUUGGGUGUAGUUAAUUCACUAUUACAAGUUAUGUCAAAAUCUAUCGAAUCUUCAUCAAAUAUUGAAGAUAUUAAAUUACAUCAUUUGCUGGUUGAAGCUUGUUUGAGGUGUUUAAGAACAAUUUUUCAACAUUCAUCAGCACCAGUCUCAUUAAUAUUUCAAGAUCAAGAACUAAUUCCAUGUCUUCUACAGUUGUCAAACAUAUCAAUAAAUUGUCAAGUUUAUGUUGCCAUGAUACUGACAACUGCUUGUAAGAUCAAUGAAGAACAAAAUAUUUUACUAAAAAGUGGAGCAAUCAAUACUCUUGCAAAACAAUUAGAAAGUACACUUGCUGAUGUUCAAUUACCAGCAUUGGCAUGCCUUGCUAACAUGUGCUAUCAAAAUCAAGAAGUUGCAUCAUUGAUAAUAUCUACUAAAACUUCAGACAAUCAAAAAGGAAAAUAUAUUCCGGAUGUACUAAGUCGUCUCACAGGAAGAGAUAAAAAUUCUCUAAUACAGCUUGAGGCUGCACGUUGUAUAUCUUACAUGUAUAGAGCUCAAGCCCUGCCAGCUACAGAUUCUAGAGUUGUUUACAAAGCCCUGCCUUGUUUAAUACGCCUUUGUCAUAAAGAAAGACCUGCAAGAGAAAGAGUAGCAGCUGCUGAAACUUUAGCAUAUUUAACGGAAGUUGAUACUGAUUUACAGAGACUUGCAUCUAUUAGCAAUCAUCUUAUUCCUACAUUGGCAGAAUUUCUUAAACCAAAUUCUCAGACUUUAGAUGCAGCUUUAUUGCAAGACAUGAGACAAGCAGCUUUCAGAGCAUUUGCUUCAUUAGGAGCUAACGAUGAAGAUAUUCGUAAAAGAAUAAUAGAAACUGAAAAUUUAAUGGAACAAGUGGUAGCUGGUCUUCAAGACCCUGGUGGUUCAAAAGUUCGUUUAGCAGCUGUACGAUGCCUUCAUUCAUUAUCUCGAAGUGUCCAACAACUUAGGACGACAUUCCAAGAUCAUGCUGUAUGGAGGCCAUUAAUGCAGUUACUUCAUGGUGCAGAUAAAGGUUCUGAUGGAAAAAAUGAAGGAGAAGAUGACUUAUUAACAGUAGCUUCAGGUACAUUAUGUAAUCUUUUGUUAGAAUUCAGUCCUAGCAAAGAGCCUAUUUUAGAAUCAGGAGGAGUUGAAUUACUAUGUUCAUUAACAAAGAGAUCAGAUCCAGCACUGCGAUUAAAUGGAAUUUGGGCUCUUAUGAAUGUAGCUUUUCAAGCCGAGCAACGGGUUAAGUCUCAAAUAUUAACAUGCCUUGGUACAGAUCAAAUAUUUCGUCUUCUUGCUGAUCCAGAAUUAUCAGUACUGAUGAAAACAUUGGGCUUGCUGAGAAAUCUUUUGUCAACUAAAACUCAUAUAGAUAGAAUAAUGGCUGACCAUGCCGCGCAUGUAAUGCAAGCAGUUAUUCUAGUUCUUGAGGAUCCUGUACAUCCAGCCGAUGUUAAAGAACAAGCUCUUUGCAUUUUAGCAAAUGUAGCAGAUGGCGAUCGAGCUAGAGAUCAUAUUAUGGCUAAUGAAGAUGUUCUUAAAAAAUUAAUGGAUUACAUGAUGCACAGUAAUGUCAAACUGCAAGUAGCUGCUAUUUUUUGUGUUUGUAAUUUGGUAUGGCGAGAAGAACCUGGCGCUGCACAACGUCAAUCACGGUUAAAGGAAUUAGGAUUGUAUCGAAUCUUACUACAGCUACGACAUACGAAAGAUACGCAGCUUUUUGAUAAGGUGAAAACUGCUUUAGCACAGUUUUUUGAUGCUUAAAAUUGACGCAAGAAUAAGAUUUUCGUAGAUAAUAACUUUUAAGAUUUUAGAAAACUCAACAUUUCUUAUAAUAUAGAAAACUCAUUUAAGAAUUUUAAAAUAAAUUUAUUUAUGUGAUCAUUUUUA